ACUUAACAAAAAUUUAAUGGCUGAUCAACACAAUCAAGUCAAUUAAACAACCAGAAACUAUAAGAACAAAACACAAAACAAUUAUGUUUUUAAUAAACUACACACAAAAGGAAAAAAAUUAAAUAUAUUAAUAUUUAAAUACAAAUAGCUACAUACUAGUUUUAUGAAAGAAAAUACAAUUUAUCCUUCUGUAGCAGGAACUGGUGGUGCAGUUUAAAUUUCCUCUUUAGGUAACAAGACGCUAAGCCCUGCUCACCAUCUUUUAUCUACGCAGAAAUAUUUCUCUAGAAUUUCCUCUUCUAUUCCCGUUGAUGCUCCGCCCACCUUCAGAAAAAUUUCCUGUAAGCAAAUCACCUGUUUCACUGUCUACUUGACUCACAUCUCAAAUGAAGAGUUUCUUCUCCUUCUUAUUCAACAGUCAAGACUGAACAAACUGUAAGUUUGCUUUAUUAUAUAUUGAACUGGGAAAUCAGGAAUUUUAACUGAAUUUAUUGAAUAUGCUGUUGGUUGUUAAGCUAAAAAUAAUAAUGUGACAUUUGUCAAAUAAUAUAAAGUCAUGUCAGCUGUCUCUCAAAAGUUAAAGAUAUGGCAACAGUAGAGUUGCAGAACAACUCUACUACUACUUUAUGUAACUUUUUACCAGAAUUAAUUUAUGAUUUGCCUCAUCUCCUAAAACGAAUAAAUUUAAAGUGGAAAUCCAUAAAGUCAACCAAUAGACAGCAGUAAAAUUGCUCAUUGCAAGCAGUGCACAUCAUAAAGAGCAAGUAAAGGAAGCAAUGUGGUAGGAAAUGACAUUUGUAAAUACUGUUGAAACCAGAAAUUUACCCACACUGUAUAAAAAGUCAUGUUUUUUCACACUGUGAAGUGAAAUCCAAAUCAUCAUGCUUUCUGUUUUUUAAGCCAACAGCAGCAACAGCAGGCUGCCUUUUCUGAUAUUGAGAAACGGUCACUAUUUGCUCUGCUUUUAUUUGCAAUAAAUGGAAAAUAAAUGUAGGUGACAUACAGUAUUUGCUGAAACUGUCACAAUGUUUUGAGACAAAUAAUCUGUGAAAAGAUCAAUUUCCAGGGUCUUGAGACUGUCAGUCAAUCUCAUCUACUCGCUACUAAAUAAUAAUAACUAAUAAUAACAGAGAAACAACUGAAAGCCGUCAUCGGUUGCCACGCUAACUAGUCAGAGCAUUCGCAACAGGAUAUGCCGACGAGGAAAAGCUGUAGAACCGGCGUAGAUGAGCAGCACCAGCUAAGACCCGCCUCCUGCCUCUGAUUGGUUGUGUCUAGAUGAAGCUGUGUCGCUGAUGUGGAUGUGAAUUCAGCAGCAUGGAUCAGUGUGAUUACAGAGAGGAGGGAGUUUCUCCCACUGAAACCUCUUUGUGUUUGGAACAGGAGAGCCUGGGCAACUGUCAGAGGGGAGAUCAAGAAAAUGAAUCUGAAGUUGAACAUAGAGGUGACGCAAAACAUGUGUCCUUCAAGAGCAACAAGUCAAAUAACUUUUAUAUCAACUUUAACUCUGACCAUCAUCCUCCAACAAAGAGGGGAGAUCAGGAAAAUGAAUCUGAAGUUGAACAUAGACGUGAACCAAAAUAUGUGUCCUUCAAGAGCAACAAGUCACAUAACUUUUUUAUCAACUUUAACUCUGACCAUCAUUCUCCAUCAGAGAGAAAAAAUAUGUAUAAUGAGGACCAGAAGAAUUCAGAUGUUUCCGCUGAUGAGUCUGUCCCGUGCUAUCAAACACAGCUGGACUCCAUAUUUAUGCUACUGCAGGAAAACAUCAUCAUUUUUGUAAAGAAUGAGAUGAAGAAUAUCCAAAAGGUUUUGACAUCAGAAAACUCAGAAUGCUUAAAGAAUCAGAGUGAUGAUGAGAACAUGGUGGGUCACGAUGAAGAACAGUGGAAAAACAAGGAGGCCUUAUAUAAUAUCAUACUGCACUUCAUGAGGAAGAUGGAGCAGGGGGAGCUGGCUGACAACCUGCAGAGAAAAUUUUCUGGCACAAUUCUCCAACGCAACCUUAAAUCAUCUCUGAAGAAGAAGUUCCAGUGUGUGUUUGAGGGGAUUGCUAAAGCAGGAAACCCAACUUUUCUAAAUCAGAUCUACACUGAGCUCUACAUCACAGAGGGAGGAAGUAGAGAGGUCAAUAUAGAACAUGAAGUCAGACAGAUUGAAACAGUGUCCAGGAAGCCACAAAAAUCAGAAACAACAAUCAGACAAGAAGAUAUUUUUAAACUCCCACCUGGAAGAGUUGAACCAAUCAGAACAGUGAUGACACAGGGAGUGGCUGGCAUUGGGAAAACAGUCCUAACACAGAAGUUUGCGCUCGACUGGGCUGAAGAUAAAACAAACCAGGAUGUCCAGUUUAUAUUUCCAUUCACAUUCAGAGAGUUAAAUCUGCUGAAGGACAAAAACUUCAGCCUGGUGGAACUUGUUCAUCACUUCUUUACUGAAACUAAACAAAUCAGCCAGUUGGAACCUCUCCAGGUUCUGUUUGUCCUUGAUGGCCUGGAUGAGUGUCGACUUUCUCUGGACUUUCUCAACAAGGAGAUCCUGACUGAUGUCACACAGUCUGCCUCAGUGGAUGUUCUGCUGACAAACCUUAUCAGGGGGAAACUGCUUCCUUCUGCCCGCCUCUGGAUAACUACAAGACCUGCAGCAGCCAGUCAGAUCCCUCCUGAGUGCAUUGGCAUGGUAACAGAGGUCAGAGGGUUCAGUGACCCACAGAAAGAGGAGUACUUCAGGAAGAGGUUCAGAGAUGAGGAGCAGGCCAAGAGGAUCAUCACCCACAUUAAGACAUCACAGAGUCUCCACAUCAUGUGCCACAUCCCAGUCUUCUGCUGGAUCACUGCUACAGUUCUGGAGGAUGUGUUGGAGACCAAAGAGGGAGGAGAGCUGCCCAGCACCCUGACUGAGAUGUACAUCCACUUUUUAGUGGUUCAGACCAAGGUUAAGAAAGUCAAGUUUGAUGGAGGAGCUGAGACAGAUUCACACUGGAGUUCAGAGAGCAGAAAAAUAAUUAAGUCUCUGGGAAAACUGGCUUUUGAUCARCUGCAGAAAGGAAACCUGAUCUUCUAUGAAGCAGACCUUGCAGCAUGUGGCAUAGAAAUCAGAGCAGCCUCCGUGUACUCAGGAGUUUUCACAGAGAUAUUUAAGGAAGAGAAAGGGCUGUACCAGGACAAGGUGUUCUGCUUUGUACAUCUGAGUGUUCAGGAGUUUCUAGCUGCUCUUCAUGUUCAUCUGACCUUCAUCAACUCUGGUGUCAACCUGAUGAGAAAGAAUCACAGCACCUCGCUUUGGUCUAAGUUAGUUAACAAACCUCAUUUAGAAUAUCUUCACCAGAGUGCAAUCGACCAGGCCUUACAGAGUCCAAAUGGACAUCUCGACUUGUUCCUCCGCUUUCUUCAGGGCCUUUCUCUGCAGACCAAUCAAGCUCUCUUGACAGGCCUGCUGUCACAGGCAGGAAGUAAUCCACUAGCCAACCAUGAAACCAUCAACUAUAUCAAGGAGAAAAUCAAAGAAAAUCUGUCUGCAGAGAAAAGCAUCAAUCUGUUUCACUGUCUGAAUGAACUGAACGAUCGUUCUCUAGUGGAGGACAUCCAACAGUCCCUGAGCUCUGGGAGUCUCUCCACAGAUAAUCUGUCUCCUGCUCAGUGGUCAGCUCUGGUCUUCAUCUUACUGUCUUCGGGAAAAGAUCUGGAUGUGUUUGACCUGAAGAAAUAUUCUGCUUCUGAUGAGGUUCUUCUGAAGAUGUUGCCAGUGGUCAAUGCCUCUGAUAAAGCUUUGCUGAGUGGCUGUACUCUCACAGAGACAAGCUGUGAAGCUUUGUCCUCACUUAUUAGCUCCCAGUCCUCCAGUCUCAGAGAGCUGGACCUAAGUAACAACGACCUGAAGGACUCAGGAGUGAUGCUUAUAUCUGCUGGACUGAAGAAUCCUAGCUGCAAACUUGAAAUUCUCAGCCUGUCGGGCUGUUUGAUCACAGAAGAAGUCUGUUCUUCUCUGGCAUCAGCACUGAGCUCCAGCAACUCUCAUCUCAAAGAGCUGGAUCUGAGGUACAAUAAUCCAGGAGACUCAGGAGUGAGGGAACUGUCAGCUGUACUGAAAGAUCCACAUUGGAAACUCGAGACACUCAGGUGGGAGCCUGCUGGAGAUGAGUGGUUGACACCAGGUCUGAGGAAAUAUUCCUGUCAACUCACAAUCGAUACAAACACUGUACACCAAGAACUUCAACUCUCUAAAAACAACAAGAAUGUGGAAAAGGUGGAGGUGAAAAAUGCAUAUCCUGAUCAUCCAGACAGAUUUGAAGGUCUCUGGCCUCAGCUUCUGUGUUCAGAAGGUCUGAGUGGUCGUUGUUACUGGGAAGUCAAGUGGAGUGGGACUGUUUUUGUAUCAUUGAGUUACAGAAGCACUGAAAGGAAAGAAAACAAUGAAAACUCUGCAUUUGGAUGGAAUGAUGAGUCCUGGAGUCUGGAGUGUUCUGAUCGUCAUGGUUAUUCUGUCUGGCACAAUAACAAGAAGACAUGCAUCUCAUCUUCAUCCCCACAUGCUUUAUUAUCCUUCAUGACCUCCUCCUUCUCUGUAUCUAAGAAAGUAGGAGUGUAUGUGGACUGUGAUGCUGGGAUCCUGUCAUUCUACAAAGUGUUAUCUGGAAAACUGACCCACCUUCAUACCUUCAACACCACAUUAAAGGAAACUCUUUAUCCUGGAUUUACAGUCUGGCCUGGAUCCUCAGUGUGUCUUUGUUAAGAACAAAAAAUCUCCACUUUCCUUAAUUUCUCAAAUCAUUUCCAAAACUAUUUGUACAAAAAGCAAAAUAACAUGAAUUGCCUGCAAAAGUCAUUUCUCAAAAUCCUUAGUUCAUCUUUCAAAGAUCAGUGCCUGACUGACAUGUCCUUGUUUCAUUUGUACAAAUAAGACAUGAUUAUAACUGCAGGUAUAACUGUGUAUUCUGUAAUACAAGUGCUAUAAAUUGUAAUUGUGAGAGAUCAAUGGCAUGAAACUCGACUACAUCUAGAUUUUGUUGAAUAAAAAGUAUAAUUCCUCUGUCACAACAUGUUUACACGCAUCAUUACUUUUUGGUUUUUCUUUGUUGCUUUUUUGUGUAAUAAGAUAUUUUUGAAAUAUAAAUAUUUGCUCUGCUUGAAACUGAUGUUUGACCUUGAAUGACUAUUUGAACAUGUUUGGUAGGAUGAUGGUUCUCUUACACUCCA